UGUCUGUAAGCAAACGAACUCUCUCUCUCUCGGAGCGCCACAUCGCUCACUGGCCAGUGCCAGCCAUCGACCCGGGGGGAACGAAAGGCAAGCGUGCGCUUCUCCCGUAGAAAGCCAGGAGGAGGACGACGAAGAUUGGGAGAGCGUCGAGGAAUCGAGCAGCAGCAGCAGGAGGCCGAGGACGGAGCUGCGCACGCAAAGGCUCAGCGGAGGAGGAGGAGAGCAGAGGAGAGCAGAGGAGCGCAAGUGCAGGAGAGAAGAUGAAGAAGAAGGCGUUGCUCAUCGGGUGCAAUUAUCCCGGGACGAAGGCUGAGCUUCAUGGAUGUGUCAACGACGUAUCGAGGAUGUACAAGUGCUUGACGGAUCAAUUUGGCUUCGCCGAGGAGGAUAUCACCGUCAUGAUCGACACCGAUAAUCGCUCAGUUCAGCCCACGGGAGUCAACAUAAAGAAGGUCCUCCGACGCCUGAUAGAUGAAAGCGAGCCUGGCGAUGUUCUGGUCAUGCAUUACAGUGGCCAUGGUACACAGGUGCCUGCCGAAUCUGGCGACGAGGAGGAUGACGGGUAUGACGAGGCCAUUGUUCCCUGUGAUCUCAACCUUCUGACAGACGACGAUUUUCGAGUGCUUUUCAAGGAUAUAAAAGAUGGAGUGAACUUCACAUUCAUCUCCGAUUCGUGUCACAGUGGGGGGCUCAUCGACCACGAGAAGGAGCAAAUAGGAGGAACGGCAAACCGCGACUUCCCCACGGGAAUGGGAAUCCCCAGAGGAGGAGAGAGAGGAUUCGACUUUGGUGGAGUGUUUGGUCGACGAGGUGAAUCGGAUUCCGGCCAUCAUCACGGGCACCACAGGCAUCACCACAGGGACGAGGAGGAGGAGGAGGAAUCUGAACGCAGCGAACCCGUGGAUUUCGUCAACAAGUCCCUGUCCAUCGAAACUCUGGCCGAGAUGCUCAGUCAGAAAACAGGACACGAGGUGAAACCUGGUGGAAUCAGAACCAGUCUCUUCGAGCUCUUCGGAGAUAAUGCUAGCCCCACCGUCAAGGUCUUUGUGAACUUCAUCGCCGAAAAGCUCUCUGGUAAAAAGCAAGGUGAAGGAGCAUCGGAGGGUGGUGGUGGUGGUGGUAGUGGUCAUGGCAUCUGGGGUGCCAUAGGCGGUCUGGCAGUGGACUUUCUGAAGACCAAGCUGGAUGGAGACGAUAGUAAACCAGCUCAUCAUGUGCCCUCUUCAGGAGUGAAUCUCUCGGGCCAUGCCGGGAAGAAGCCAGAUGCAACAGAGCGGGUGGCUGAUGAGACUGGCGUGCUGGUGAGUGGCUGCAUGUCCAAUGAAACAUCGGCAGACGCCAAUCCCACUGGCAACAAGGCAGAAGCUUAUGGAGCUUUGAGUAAUGGUAUUCAGACCAUAUUGGCCAAGAGGGGAGGGCCGAUCACUAAUGGAGAGCUUGUUACUGAGGUGCGCAAGUUGCUGAAGAAGCAGGGAUUUACGCAACACCCCUGCUUGUACUGCAGUGAUGCGAACGUGAAUCAACCAUUCAUUUGUAAGUAGCCAGUCAUUGGAAAGGUUUGACUUGGACAAUGUGAGCUGAGCUUUGGCUCCGUGAUUUGGAAAUACCUGAUGGUGUGAGGUGAAGAAGGGGUGUCGUGAGGACACGAGCGGAUCCAAGCCUCCUUGGCAUGACAGUCAGAGUGUGUGGGGUGCACCACAGAAGUUUGCAGUUUCUCUCAGAUAGCCUUCGAGUUCUGUACACGGACGAGCAUUGUGAGAUACACACUGCCGAGUGCUACCGGUGGUGCCGUCAGUGGUGCCGUCAUCUGUGUGUUUCAACUGUUUUUAGUUUCUUUUCUUCCGUUUGUUGGGUGUUUCACUCGAUCGACCCUCAACUGUAUAAAAUGAUUUGUCUUUGAUUCUACCGAAGGUUUUUGAUGGGAUUCGAACCCAUUUUAGUCUUUCGACGAAAUAGUUGAUUCAGAUGACUGAAACAUACAACUCAUGUGACAUACCAAAUUGUUCUAUUAUCACAGCCUUCAGACAGAGAGCGAAGCAACUGUCGUCACUUUUGCCCACAUCGUGAAAAUUUAUAUAUUUGUAUCUUCUCAUUCACAUCAUCACAUUGACC